GGGGAGAGGCAGUCCGGGUUCCAAUUUCGCCGGAACAGCUGUCCGACGGGUUUGGAGUUUCUGAUAAACCUAUGCGAGACACUAAUGAACUGAAGACGAUCCUUCGAGAGCUUAAGUACAGAAUUGGCAUUCAGUCGGCGAAGUUGCUUCGGCAGCUGAAGCAGAAAGAUAGGCUUCUGCAUAAAGUCCAGAGGAACUGCGAUAUUGUGACUGCGUGCUUGCAGGCCGUGUCACAGAAGAGAAGAGUUGACACAAAGUUGAAGUUCACUCUUGAGCCGUCUUUAGGUCAAAAUGGUUUUCAGCAGUGGUAUGAUGCUCUCAAGGCAGUUGCCCGACUGUCAACAGGAAUACCAAAGGAAUGGAGGAGAAAGGUUUGGUUGACGCUGGCAGAUCGUUAUUUGCACAGUAUAGCCAUUGACUGGGACAAAACCAUGCGCUUCACUUUCAACGAAAGGAGUAAUCCUGAUGAUGACUCAAUGGGAAUUCAGAUAGUCAAGGAUCUUCACCGCACAGGCUGUAGUUCCUACUGUGGUCAGGAGGCUGAGCAGGACAGGGUUGUGCUGAAGCGGGUCCUGCUGGCCUAUGCCCGAUGGAACAAGAAGGUCGGGUACUGCCAAGGCUUCAACAUCCUGGCCGCGCUGAUUCUGGAGGUGGUGGAAGGCCAUGAAGGGGAUGCGCUGAAGAUUAUGAUUUACCUUAUUGAUAAGGUACUUCCUGAAAGCUAUUUUGUCAAUAAUCUCCGGGCAUUGUCUGUGGAUAUGGCUGUCUUCAGAGACCUCUUGAGACUGAAGCUCCCUGAAUUAUCUCAGCACCUGGAUACUCUUCAGAGAACUGCAAACAAGGAGAGUGGAGGGGGAUACGAGCCCCCGCUCACGAACGUCUUCACCAUGCAGUGGUUUCUGACACUCUUCGCGACCUGCCUCCCUAACCACACCGUGUUAAAGAUUUGGGAUUCCGUCUUUUUUGAAGGUUCGGAAAUCAUCCUAAGGGUGUCGCUGGCUAUCUGGGCAAAAUUGGGAGAGCAGAUAGAAUGUUGUGAAACAGCAGAUGAAUUCUACAGCACCAUGGGGCGCCUUACCCAGGAGAUGCUAGAGAAUGAGCUUCUGGAAAGCCAUGAACUCAUGCAGACUGUGUACUCGAUGGCUCCCUUCCCUUUCCCACAACUGGCAGAGCUCAGGGAAAAGUACACGUACAACAUCACGCCCUUCCCAGCUGCAGUGAAGCCCGCCGCCAUGUCUGGUCGACAUGGUAAGAUCAGAGACAGCGAUGAAGAGAAUGACCCAGAUGAUGAAGAUGCUGUUGCUAAUGCUGUGGGGUGUCUCGGGCCUUUCAGUGGGCUCCUGGCACCCGAACUGCAGAAGUACCAAAAGCACAUUAAAGAGCCCAGUGAGGAGCAGAGUCUGAGAUCUAAUAACAUUGCGGAGCUGAGUCCGGGAGCGAUCAAUUCCUGUCGAAGUGAGUACCACGCCGCUUUCAACAGCAUGAUGAUGGAACGCAUGACCACGGACAUCAACGCGCUGAAGCGGCAGUACUCUCGGAUUAAAAGGAAGCAGCAGCAGCAGGUCCAUCAGGUGUAUAUCAGAGCAGACAAAGGACCAGUGACCAGCAUUCUCCAGUCUCAGGUCAACAACUCCCCAGUGAUAAACCACCUGCUCUUAGGAAAGAGGAUGAAGGUGCCAAGCAGAGCUGCCAAGAGCGCCGCCGCGCAGGUCCCGGGUCACGCCGGAGGCAAAGCGUCUCCUGUCCCCUACGAAGACCUCAGGACGAAGCUCAACUCUCCGUGGCGAACCCACAUCCGCGUCCACAAAAAGAACAUGACAAGGACCAAGAGCCAGCCGGGCUGCGGGGACACCGUCGGGCUGAUCGAAGAGCAGAGCGAGGGCGGCAGGGCGCAGAGCCUGGGGGUGGCGGAGGCGCGGUACCCCGGCCGCGCAGGCGGCAGUGCCGGGGGCAGCGCGGGGAGGACCAUCGAAGGCCAGUCUCCGGAGCCCGUGUUCGGAGAUGCCGAUGUGUCUGCGGUCCAGGCGAAGUUACAAGCCUUGGAACUGAACCAAAGGGAGGCCGCUGCUGACGCCGAGCCCCAGGGGCACCCGCCCUGCCAGUGGCAGUUCCCAGAGCAGCCCGACGCACCCGGGGAGAACGGAGCCGCCAGCACAGCGCCCCACGGCAGCCACCCCAAAACGCCCAUCUUCAGCCCCUUUCCCAGCGUCAAGCCGCUGCGGAAGUCGGCCACGGCCAGGAAUUUGGGGCUCUAUGGCCCCACAGAAAGAACCCCGGCCGUGCACUUCCCGCACAUGAGCAGGAGCUUCAGCAAACCCGGCGGUGGGAACAGUAGCACUAAGAAACGGUGAUUCCCAGACAUUUUGUAUCGAGCUUCACCUUUUCGUGGUGGUAACGAGGCUUCCAGCUAAAUGGCUCCAAAAGGGUUUCUGCUGUCCAGAGAACGUGAAGAGAUUGGUGCAGAGAUGAGCUGCAGCCGUAAGAAUGGGAAAUGGGUGUUUUAUGAAGGGAGCUAGAUCAGGGAUGUUCUCCUAUCUGCCAAUAGCUGGUCCAUGGAUCCUUGUGGCAAAAUAAAUAUUGUGGUUUCAGAAUGUGGAGUUUCUCCAGUUUUCAUUGUCAGCUCUUUCGAAAAGACUAUGUAUCUAGACUGUUAGCCCUUUCUUCAUUUUGUUCCGAGGGCCUUCAGGGUCCCCAAACCUCCCA